UCUCUCUCUCUCUCUCUCUCUCUCUCUCUCUCGCGGCCCCCCUUUCCUGCCGGCGACGACCGGGCGAGCGGCGGCGCCACCCGCCACGUCUACGCCGGGCCCUUCGCCGGCGACGAGCUCCCACAAGAUCGACUCUUUUAUGAGUCCACAAGGCACCCAGGAUGAAGUUUUUAGAAUACACCCCCUUCGACAGGUAAGCACGGCAUUUGCUGCUGCUGCCGCCGAUGCCCUCUUGCAUAAAUAUGUUCCUCGACCAACUCAACCUCGGCGAUUGUACAAUCAGGGGCAACCUUGAAGCCUUCUCAUGCAAGCACACCGCUACAGACCGCCGGCUUUCAAUAAGCCUAGAACAUGAGAUUCUUGAUUACUUAGGAAAGUCCUCUGACAGUGACCCUUCUUCACCAGUGGAGCACCUAUCCUCCAGAUCAAGCCGGAAGACAUUGAUAUAUCUAGUUCUUACUCUUGGGCAUAUGUAUCCAGAUUAUGAUUUCAGUGCUGUUUGGGCACACUUGUUCUUCCAAGAAGAGGAGAUGGAAAGUUUCAAGCAGAUGAUAGACACCUACUUAUCUGAUGCUUCUAGGCAAUGGGCAGCAACAAAUGAGGGCAGCUCUCUUCUGGACAGUAUGACUAAAGCUAUUGAUGAGGUUAUCAAAAUCCGAGAGUGUGACAUCUACAGCUAUAACCCAGACUCUGAUGGAGAUCCAGUUCAAGAGAAAGGGGCCAUAUGGUCAUUCUACUACUUCUUCUACAAUAGGAAGCUAAAGCGAGUUGUGAGCUUUCGAUGUUACUGCACUAGCAAAUUAUCAGCAGAUGACUUCCUAACUGGUGUGGCAUCUGAUGGUGAAGAGGAAGAUGCCUUGAUUGACAUGGACAUAUGACUGACCGCGUUCUGCUCAGAACCUGUUGUAUGUGUGUAAUAUAUAGCGUAUAUGCCCCAUUCCUGUUAGGAAGCUUUUAAUAUAACUUCCCUUUUUAUCAUAGCCUGCGGAAACUAUGGCUCUUGUUAGCAUUGUAUAUGCGGAUUGGAGAUUUGGUAGCGGUGAACUUUUAACCCCUGAGGUUUGAACUGUCACGCUAUGUUCGUACUCUAGUGCUUGCUGGAACUUAAUUCUAUGCCCUGCUUAGUUAAAGAAUAAAAUAUUUCAGACCAUUGUGUGAA